AAAUUCUAACCCGGAAACACUUACAGUUCUUUUUAACGCUUGUGUUUCCAAACGUGAGAUAGAACCGCAGCAAACAUGGCGGCGCUUCGAGUCGUGGCGCUCUCUGGGAGUGGGAGAGCUCUCCUCGGCACAGGGAACACUCUUAAGACUUCCAAGGCCAGCAUGUCCUUUGCCAGCCUGGCCAGUAGGAAGAAAGUUGCCCUGACAACGCUCGGUGUGGUCACAGCAGGUGGUGCUGGGCUCGCCCUGAUGCUGCAUCAGUCUGUUAAAGCAUCUGAUUGGGAACUUCACCCCCCCAACUACCCCUGGAGCCACUCAGGACCUCUGUCCUCUCUGGACCAUGCAAGUGUUCGCCGUGGUUACCAGGUGUACAAACAGGUGUGUGCAGCCUGUCACAGUAUGGAGUACUUAGCCUUCAGAAACUUGGUGGGGGUGUCGCACACAGAGGAAGAGGUCAAAGCCUUAGCUGAAGAGUUUGAGAUUGUGGAUGGUCCUGAUGAGAACGGUGAGAUGUUCACACGACCAGGAAAGCUUUCAGACUACUUUCCAAAGCCUUACCCUAACCCUGAGGCAGCCCGCGCCGCCAACAAUGGAGCCCUCCCUCCAGACCUCAGCUCCAUUGUGAAUGCCCGACAUGGUGGCGAGGACUACGUGUUCAGCUUGCUGACGGGUUACUGCGACCCACCCGCAGGAGUGUCGGUGAGAGAGGGACUCUACUACAACCCGUACUUCCCGGGUCAGGCAAUCGGGAUGGCCCCGCCUAUCUACAACGAGGUUCUGGAGUUUGAUGAUGGAACCCCAGCCACCAUGAGCCAGGUUGCUAAAGACGUGUGUACUUUCCUGAGAUGGGCUGCAGAACCGGAGCAUGACCAACGCAAACGCAUGGGACUGAAGUUCCUGAUGGGGUCGGCCAUCUUUAUCCCUCUCGUCUACUACAUAAAGAGACACAAGUGGUCAGUGCUGAAGAGCAGGAAGAUCGCCUACAGGCCUCCAAAGUAAAAGACAACAGCUCACCCCCCAGCACUGAGCCGAAAACUGGGACGGCUGCUUUCAGCGGCCCCUCUGUGCUUGCCUCCAGAUGACCAUAAAACCACCCAGCUGUGAGAGGUCGUGGUUAUAUCUUCAUUUCAGUGGAAAAGCCUUUUUUUUUUUUUUUUUUUUGCUUGUCUGGUGGAAUUAUGCAGAAUAUUCUGUAUCUGGAACUUUGUGGUUCUGAUUUGUCAGAUCUGCGGUGUUCUUGAACGCACCACCUCAGAGUUUAAGUUGACAAGCGAGGAGUCGUCGCUAGCAGCCGUCCACAUCCCUCCAUCUGAUACGGGCUGCUCCGACACGGCUCACUGAUUCGAUUAUCGAUUAGCUAUCUUUGUAAGAUACUAUCCGACCAUAAAGAUGCUGAUAAAUCAAAUGACCUCUGAAGCUGUAGACAGUUCUGAGUUUAUGUACAUUCACUCAUCGUCCUCGACAAAACAUGACGUAAACUUUUGUUUUACUGUACAAAAUAAAUUAUCUUAAAGGAA